GUUCUCUCUGUUGUGUUUUUAUUGGGCCACAUUUAUCUUGGUUGUCACGUAUUGUAUUCUGCAUUUAUUUGAUAACUCUCAUGUCAUUAUAUUGGUGCAAUGGCUGAACGUGUUCUGACUCGUGUUCACAGCCUUCGUGAACGUCUUGAUGCUACUUUGGCUGCUCAUCGCAAUGAAAUUUUGCUCUUUCUUUCAAGGAUCGAAAGCCACGGAAAAGGGAUCUUGAAACCUCACCAGCUGCUGGCUGAGUUUGAAUCAAUUCACAAAGAAGACAAAGACAAACUGAAUGAUCAUGCCUUUGAAGAAGUCCUGAAAUCCACUCAGGAAGCAAUUGUUUUACCCCCAUGGGUUGCACUUGCUAUUCGUCUGAGGCCCGGUGUGUGGGAAUAUGUCCGUGUGAAUGUUAAUGCUCUUAUUGUUGAGGAGCUGACUGUGCCUGAGUUUUUGCAAUUCAAGGAAGAACUUGUUAACGGAACUUCCAACGAUAACUUUGUUCUUGAAUUGGAUUUUGAGCCCUUCACUGCAUCAUUUCCCAAACCAACCCUCACCAAAUCAAUUGGAAAUGGAGUUGAAUUCCUCAACAGGCACCUCUCUGCUAAAAUGUUCCAUGACAAGGAAAGCAUGACCCCUCUUCUCGAGUUUCUUCGAGUUCACCACUACAAGGGAAAGACAAUGAUGCUAAAUGAUAGAAUUCAGAAUUUGUAUACUCUCCAAAAAGUCCUGAGGAAGGCUGAGGAAUACCUCACCACCCUUUCCCCAGAAACGUCAUACUCGGCAUUUGAGCACAAGUUCCAAGAAAUUGGCUUGGAGAGGGGUUGGGGUGACACCGCAGAGCGUGUUCUAGAGAUGAUCUGCAUGCUCCUGGAUCUCCUCGAGGCUCCUGACUCGUGUACUCUUGAGAAGUUCCUUAGUAGAAUUCCUAUGGUUUUCAAUGUAGUUAUACUUUCACCUCAUGGAUAUUUCGCCCAGGAAAAUGUCUUGGGUUACCCCGACACUGGUGGCCAGGUUGUCUAUAUUUUGGAUCAAGUUCCUGCCUUGGAGCGUGAGAUGCUCAAGCGCAUAAAGGAGCAAGGACUUGAUAUCAAACCACGUAUUCUUAUUGUUACUCGGCUUCUGCCUGAUGCAGUUGGUACCACUUGUGGUCAGCGACUUGAGAAAGUAUUUGGAACUGAGCAUUCACAUAUUCUUAGGGUCCCCUUUAGGACUGAAAAGGGCAUUGUUCGCAAAUGGAUCUCUCGUUUUGAAGUCUGGCCAUACAUGGAGACUUUCAUUGAGGAUGUGGGGAAAGAAAUAACCGCAGAACUGCAAGCUAAGCCCGACCUUAUUAUUGGAAACUAUAGUGAGGGAAACCUCGCUGCCUCCUUGUUGGCUCACAAGUUAGGUGUAACACAGUGCACCAUUGCUCAUGCAUUGGAGAAAACCAAAUAUCCUGAUUCUGACAUUUACUUGAACAAAUUUGACGAGAAAUAUCACUUCUCAGCUCAGUUUACCGCUGAUCUUAUAGCAAUGAAUCACACUGAUUUCAUCAUCACCAGCACCUUCCAGGAGAUAGCAGGAAGCAAGGACACCGUUGGACAGUAUGAGAGCCACAUGGCCUUCACAAUGCCUGGAUUGUAUAGAGUUGUUCAUGGCAUUGACGUGUUUGAUCCCAAAUUCAACAUUGUGUCACCAGGAGCUGAUGUGAAUCUCUAUUUCCCAUACUCCGAAAAGGAAAAGAGAUUGACAACUUUUCACCCUGAAAUCGAAGACUUGCUGUUUAGCGAUGUCGAGAAUGAAGAACACCUGUGUGUAUUGAAGAACAGGAAUAAGCCCAUCAUAUUCACCAUGGCAAGAUUGGACCGAGUGAAGAAUUUAACUGGACUCGUCGAGUGGUAUGCUAAGAAUCCACGACUAAGGGAGUUGGUUAACCUUGUUGUGGUUGGUGGAGACCGAAGAAAGGAAUCCAAAGACUUGGAAGAGCAGGCAGAGAUGAAGAAGAUGUAUGAACUUAUAAAGACUCACAAUUUGAAUGGCCAGUUCCGAUGGAUUUCUUCCCAGAUGAACCGCGUGAGGAAUGGGGAACUCUACAGGUACAUUGCUGACACCAGGGGAGCUUUCGUGCAACCUGCAUUCUACGAGGCUUUUGGUCUGACUGUUGUUGAGGCCAUGAGCUGCGGUUUGCCUACAUUUGCAACAAAUCAAGGUGGUCCAGCUGAGAUCAUCGUUCACGGGAAGUCUGGUUUCCAAAUUGAUCCAUACCAUGGCGAGCAGGCUGCUGAUCUUCUGGCUGAUUUCUUUGAGAAAUGUAAGGUAGACCCUUCACAUUGGGAAGCCAUUUCUGAGGGUGGCCUUAAGCGUAUACAAGAGAAGUACACAUGGCAAAUCUACUCCGAUCGGCUGUUGACACUAGCUGCUGUUUACGGGUUCUGGAAGCACGUUUCCAAGCUCGAUCGUCUUGAAAUUCGUCGUUAUCUUGAGAUGUUUUAUGCUCUCAAAUUCCGCAAGCUGGCUCAACUUGUUCCAUUGGCUGUUGAGUAAAUUGACAAAGAGGAGAAGGCUUCUGCCUAAUUGUUAUCCAUAUUGUCCUUUAGAAAUUGUUUGUCCUAGUUUGCUUUUCCCCCACAUUUGAUGUUUGAGAACUGAAUUGUCUUUUUUAUUUGCAUUUUUUCCCUUCUGUAGUCAUGAAGAGGAUUGCAAAUUUGACAUUAUGUAGUGUUACUGUGAAUAAAAUAUCAAAUUUCAAUCUGCUCUAUCCAUCUUUUUAAC